AUGAACGCUCCAGACAGGUUCGAGUUGUUCCUGCUAGGCGAGGGAGAGAAGAAGGUCACUUUCGAGAUAGAGACGCGCGUCCCAAAUGCAGCCCUUUUCACUUUCAACAAGGAAGACCACACUCUUGGCAACCUGCUGCGCGCAAAGCUUACGAAGUCGCCUCAUGUUCUCUUCGCAGCCUACCAAGUCCCGCACCCGCUCUUCGCCGUCUUCAAGCUGCGCGUACAGACCGAUGGCGAAAUCAGCCCGAAGGAGGCUGUCGUGCAGGCGUGCAAUGAUCUAGUCAAGGAGCUGCAAACUCUCGAUCAAGAGUUCACGAAGGAGUGGGAGCUGAAAAAGAUCAGUCAAGUCCAGACCGAUGCGUACUAA